CAGCAUUCCACAGGGAGCUCCCAGCAGCGGGUGAUUGGUGGACUUUAUAACCGGGAUGAGAGCAGGAGGCGCCGGGGGAGCAGGACAGGCGGCAGCGGCGGACAGAUACAGACAUGUCCCACAGAAAGACCCCAGGAGAUGCGGAGACCCUGCGGAGAAGGUCAACGGUGGACAAUUCAGAGAGCCAUGCAGAUCCUGAGCAGCCUCACCAGUUUCUGCGGCGAGCGUCCCAUAAUGAAAGAAUCUGUCCUGGCCAUCACCACCCAGACCUGGCUGUGGCUGAGACCCCCUCCCCGGAUGCUUCCCACCACUUCUGCCACUAUACACCAAAAUGCCUCAUUGCUGUUCAUAGAGGAGGGCAGUGUGGCCCCUCAUGCCGGUCUACUCCAUUACGGUAUGGAGAGGAGGUUUGGCACGAUGGCACCACCAAAACCACGAUUAGAGCAGAGAAUGAGGUGGAGGCCAACAGGGAGGCAAACAACUACAAGUUUGGCUUCAGAAAGUGGAAGGGAAAUGUGACAGAGAGGCCCAUUCAGGAUCGGUCAGACAUUGUCAAAGAGCUCUACUCGGAUCUGUCCACUGUGAAACCGCAGGCAGGCUCCGUUAUCACCUUUGGAAACAUCGUUUAUGUGUUUUUAUUUGGCUGGUGGAUCUCUCUAAUCUACUUUUUGAUUUGUCCCGUGAUGUUUUUCACAAUCUGUGGUGCUCCUUAUGGGAAACUGUGUUGGAGAAUGACUUGUUUCUUCAUUUGGCCAUUUGGAAAGUCGAUAGAGAAGGCCAGUGAUGUAAUGAGGACAUGUGUGAAAUCUCCAAACUGUGAGGCAAUCCCUGAGGAGACAGACACUGAGGACAGCAAGGAUCUCACCAGGGUUAAGGACUCUGCCCCCAUAUUGGUGUCUUCGCCUGUCCCCAUCGAGACCCCUGAACCAGAAGUCCGACCAAAAAAACGUUCCCACUGGUGUCGCUUCAGCACCUAUGUGUGGCUGCUCCUAGGCUACCCUGUGCUGGUUGUGGUCCACUCCCUGGUCUGCGUGAUCUCAUGGCUCCUGGUCUUCACCAUCCCUGUGGCCAAGAUGAAUGCUCGCAUCCUGGGCACCAUCCUCCUCAUGGCACCAGAGGACAUCCACAUCCAGACACCGGAUAAGACCCGUGGAUAUGAGACAAAGGUCCUCCUGUGCUGUUAUCGAGCUUUCAAUGUAUACUACUACAAAUACACUGUCCAGGGAAUCAACAUCUUUGCUCUCAACCUUCUUCCCUUGGUGUUGGUCACUUUGGUCAUCGGCUACACAGACAGAGGACACCGUUACUUUAGCGCAGAAACCUGUUUUGCCCUAGCUAUCACUUCCAUCAUCCCUCUCUCCUACUACAUUGGCAUGGGUAUUGCAAGCAUUUCAGCACAGAGUAACUUUGCGGUGGGAGCUGUGGUGAAUGCGACCUUUGGCUCCAUCACUGAGAUGACGUUCUACAUCACAGCACUGCUGCAGGGCCACCGUGCCGGCAGCAAGUGUUACGAGGAGAUUGUCAAAGCUGCACUCACUGGGACCUUGCUGGGGUGCAUACUGUUCAUUCCAGGUAUCUGCAUGGUCAUCGGGGGUAUCAAGCACAGGGAGCAGCGGUUUAACAGCCGUUCAGCAGGGGUGAGCUCAGCCCUGCUCUUCAUAUCCAUAGGAGGUGUGUUUGCUCCCACACUCUUCUCGAAGACUUACGGUAACCUGAUGUGUGAGAGCUGCACCAACACCCCGGGCAACGCCAGCGCCCCCUUCAUGUGCAAAGACUGUCACUACGACACGAGUGAGACUGACCCACAUUUGGUUCUGUCCCAUAUUGAACCCCUGGUGUACACCAUUUCCGUGAUGCUGCCUGCUGCGUACCUGAUAGGCCUCAUCUUCACGCUGAAGACCCACUCCCAUAUCUAUGAUAUUCACAUCAGUGAUGGUCAUGGGGGCCAUGGACAUGGUCAGUGUCUACACGAGGGUGCCAGCACCUGCCACCCCAGUACUGGGGUCCCCGUUGGUCAUCUACACGCAGAUCACGCAUGCAUUAAUGCCAGCAUUAUUUCCACCAGCUUCGGUGCAUCAGCAGGCCACCAUGUAGUCCACUGGUCCCGAUGGAGGGCUCUGGCAGUACUGAUUGUUGCCACGCUGCUGAUGGCUGCCUGUGCUGACCUCACCACUGAGAACAUCCAGCCUAUUGUGGCCCAUUCCUCCAUCUCGCAGUACUUCAUUGGUGUCACAGUGCUGGCCAUGGUGCCAGAGCUGCCUGAGAUUGUCAAUGGGAUCCAGUUUGCACUGCAGAACAAUAUCAGCCUUAGUCUUGAAGUGGGCAGUUGUAUAGCUGUGCAGGUCUGCAUGAUUCAAAUCCCCCUGCUCAUCCUCUUCAAUGCAUUCUAUGAUGUGGGCUUUGUGCUCGUCUUCAGUGAUAUCCAUCUCUGGGCGAGCAUCUUCAGUGUCAUUCUGGUCAACUAUAUCUUCAUGGAUGGAAAAUGUGACUAUUUUCAGGGUACUGCUCUCGUUGCAGUGUAUCUCAUCCUCCUGGCCGUCUACUUCUUCGCUCCGUCGCCUCGCUCUUGUUGAUCUGCUUGCUGAAGUGGAAUCAAGUGCAACACUACUGUGCCACUAUUAGAGGCCUCUGUUCAGUAAUGUGGAUUAUACAUUACUUGUGCCACAAAAGUUAGUUUUCAAGCUGAUCCAGUUCUGUUAUGUCCAUGGAUCCGUAAAUGAAUGAGUGAUGUUUUGUAUCUUUAAAUGGGAUUCAGAGACAGAUUUGUCCUCCAUCUUUAAAAAAAUAAAAUAAAUGUGGAAGCACUUUUGCACUUGUAUUGUAAUGUCAGUCUACACUAUUUAUUUUUGUACUUGUGUAUCAUGGAAAGUGCAGAUGGAUAGAAAUCUUGUAAUUUUGUAAAGAUGGGUAUGAAUUGUUGUAAUAGGUGGUUAUAUUGUAAUAAGUGCACUGAUUUAUACAACUGUCAUUGGCUGCUGUUAUUAAAUAAGAUCAGUUUCUCAACCAA